UCUAGGGCCAUGUUCGUCCUAUCAUCCCAACAAACCAGCCCCGCCACGCCUUCUGACAGCCCCACGAAACCUACCUCUAUCACUCGAAGAAUCUUUCUCAACCACGAGCUUUAAAAUGUCUACCUCUUCCAGAAUCUCCACUGUCUUUGGCAACUGGCGCAAGACUUCUCUAUCCUCGGUUGACAUUGAUCUUGAGGCACAAACUGUGACUGGUGCACAGGCCUCCUUCACUCUUCCUACUGCCAUCCAGGCAGCUCAUUCUGCUGCUACCUCUACGCAUACACCUCAGCAGAAUGACGAUACCACAGAUCCCAUGGAUGUCUUUUUCGGGGUCACUCGCACUCGUGCGACUCGCGAGAGUCGCCAUGACUCUUAUGCCACUCCUAGUCGCAUUCCCAUGGCUUUGGAUGGAGACGCGCCUCCUCCAUAUACAGAUGCCACUGAGCCUCCAGCAUACAGCUCCGCUCCUGCAGAGCCUGUGACGCUUGCUAUGUAUCUAUUCAAACGUGGAUUUUUCUUCCCACCUUUCUGGGUACUUGGAGCAUUCAUUCUGUUCUUGCCACUCGAGGCCCCUGCUGACUUUGAGCCAACGAAGCCUGAGGAUGAGCGCCAGGAGUUGGUCCGGAUCAUGAGAGAUGCUGAGGUCAAGUGGGCUAAAAAAUCCGCUUGGGCACUCCUGAUCUUUCUCGUUAUGGUUGGCAUUAUGGUUGGUGCUAUUAUCGGUGUCCUGGGACCGUAAGCACUCUCGACACACGCCCACUUUUCCCCCACAUGACUAUUUCAUUCGCUCAAAGACCAUUGCAUGGAUGAUUUCAUUUCCGUCUCCGUACUUCAUUUCAACGUCCUGAGGCCGG